AUGGCUCCCCCUAUCACGCCAAGCACCGUCACAGACGAAGGUAACGAUAUAGAUGACAUGGGAAGUGAGUAUAGCGCCGGAGGGCGCCCUAUCUCCGCCAAGCGAGCACGCCGAGGUUCCCAAUGGACACCAAAGCUUUCCAGUCUAGGCCCUGAAGAGAACCCUGCGACUCGCCUUUCCAAGAGUUCUCUGGCGCAGCUGUCUGAGGAGAACGCGCAAACACAUGACUUAGCACCUCUGACGAUAAACCCUCCGCGGCCUAUUUACACCCCUUUUCGGUAUACUGAGGGUCCUCAGCGCGGCUCGGAUAAGCUUUCAUUCGGCCGUCCCGCCUAUCAGGCCUACUCUGAUCUACGAGCAUCCGCUGUGAACGGUCGAAUUAUGGCAAAUGCUCCAACACCCACAAGUCGCUCUCGGUCGGCCACCUUAACUUCUCCUGCUCAGAACGAGCAAGAUGAAACUUUCCUUGGGAUGAUUCGUCACAAGAGCUCUGCCUACUUGGAAACAGCAGCUAAUCGAAAGUCUAUGCCGGCUGCCCUGUUGCCGGAAGGUCUCCGCCAGGGACAAGGGAAGCCAAAUGUUGUCGAAGAACUACGUGCCAUGGUUUGGACGCCACUUGACAAGCAGUCUGAAAGUUCAUGGCAUGUCACUAUCCGAGAUGGCCUCGUCAAAUUACCCGAUGAUUUCUCGUAUAUCCAACAGACCAUCGAUGAGUGGGAAAACACUGCGAAGACCCGAAAACAGAGUCUCGAUCAGGAACGCACAGUCCGCCAAGAAGAGUCUGAAGAGCAGAUUGACAAGCUUUUCAAUGAAAAGGAGAUCGGCUAUGCGGAUAUCAAUACAUUAGAAGAGGACUUCAGACAAACAGAAGCUCGCGUUCAGCUGGAUGAAGAGCGACAAGAAGUGGAGGACUUCGUUUCCCAAGUCUUCAACCCACUAGAUGAACGACUCAAGGAAGAGAUUUCUACUCUUCGGAAGUCCUAUGACUCCGCGCUCCAGCAAUUGGAACGGGAUCAGAAGGGCAAGAGCUCGCCCGUUGAGCAAUGUAGCCCAUCCGUGACGAUGAAGAUGGUCAAUGAGACCCACAGCAAAUUGGAACUUCGGUUCCAGAAGCGACUCGAGAUUGCUCUAGACUGCGAGCGCCGCCGUAAGAAGGCCGAGCGUCGUCCGCUAGUCUUCAUGGGCGACAUGGCCAGUCUUCGCAAACUGGACGGAGAUUUCGAUCGAAUGGAGAAGCGUAACAUUCUGGAGGCUGCCAAGGACCGCGACGACCGUGCCAACCGACUGAUGGAUUCCUUCGAUGAUGCAAUUUUACACGGCUUAGGUAUGAAUCAGAGUUUACUGGACGAGCUUGUUUCGAAAGUCGCCCAGCUGGAAUUCACGACCCUCCGCGCAUCCGGCGUACCGGAUUCUGAAGUUGAACAGAUCCUCAAGGCCGCGGCGACCUUCGCCGUGUCGCUUCGCGCCGACUCCGAGGCCAUCCUGCGCUGCUCAGGAAUUGCCGACAUGGCUCUCAACGAUGCCGAUUACAACGUCUCCGUCGCCGAAGCACGCUAUGCCAAUUCGGACACGGAAAUUUUCGGCCGACUGGAGGAUGAGAAGAAGAAGGAAGAUGCGAUCUUAGAGACCGAUCUGAACUCGAAAUUGCAAAGCAUCAAAAAAUCACCGGCGGAGAUUGAAGCUGGCGUUCAGCGCCUUCUCCAGGAGUUGGCCGAUGCCCCUCCUGCUUCCCCUCCUGCUGCGUUAUCUCCAAGAUUUGUGCCGGCCAGUCAGUCUAUUGAUGUCCCACCCCCAUUGGAACUUCGCCCGGGUACGGCCGCCCCCAGUCGAACCCCGGCUCCCGCGUCGGCCCCUCCGGCGGCUUCUCCGCCAGCUCCAGUUGACCGAGCUUCGGGCACGGAAUCAGAGCAUCAAGAAAGGUUACGCAAGGCGCUGGAGCAAGCAAAGAAGCGCAACGCGGCAAGGAACCCAUGA